AUGCAGUCCCAGAAGGAUUUUAGCGCUCCUUCCACUUGUGCCCCUAAACUCUCCGCACCUGUGGUGGUAGCCAAACCACCCCCUCAGGCUACACUGGAGGAUGUGUCGCAAGAGCAAAUGAACUCUGAGGAGUUCCAUUUGCUACUGGAUGUUACGAUGGUGAAGUCCGUGUCUCACAUCAUCUUCACAGCCAUGGGGACUAUGACAGAUACCCUGUCACACUCCAUCACUCGGGUCCUACUGUCUGCCCAGAGACCACCUGCCCUAAUGGCUCAGAACCCCCCGGAGAGUAAGCCAGUAGCCCCUAGUGGGUGUAAAUCUGCUAAGAAACCCCAUCAUAUAGACGAGGAGUCCUCCAAAACUGUUGAGAUGGACAGUGUACAUCCUGUCAAUGAGGAUGUGGUUACACCACACCAGAGAGCCCUCCCACCGGGCAAAAUUGGUGAGGACCUGGAAGAGUGCAAAAGCCCUCAGUGA